AUCACUCGUCUUGUGAAUCUACCAGCAUCUUAAAAGUCAAAUAUGUUCAAACUACUCAUUGUAUUCGCUCUUUGUAUGAGCAUGGGAAUUGCAUUAUAUUUAGAAUCGCCUGAACCAUUUUACAACAGUAAUGGCGAUGAGUUUUAUUUGUAUCGUAACAAUCAUCUUCACAGACAAAGAAGACAAAUAUCAAUAGGAACUGGAAGCGACGGUAGUCAUGUGCAGAGAACGCAAGAGCUUAUUAAUGAUAAAAAUCGUAAGGUAGAUUUAACUUCGUUCACAUCUACUAAUCCACAAAAUCAAAUGACAGUCGGUCAACAACUUGACUACUUGGAUAAGAGAACUGAUAGUGCCUUUAAACUGGCAGGUCAACAUACGCAAAAUUAUGGAACCGAUUUACAAGCUGCCGGUCAGUAUAACUUUUUGCGUACAAAUGAUGGUAGAGGAACAAUUGGUUUGGCCGGCGAAUACAGCCGUCACUUUGGUGGACCUUGGGGUACUCAGCAACCCAAUUAUGGAGUAUUUAUCAGAGGCAAUUAUAACUUCCCUUAAACCCGUGUAUUUAUUAAUAUUUUAUAAUAAACAUAUUUCCAAUUAUAAUGUAUAAUACGAAAAUAAAUGUCAUAUACAAUGUGUAAAGUAAAGGCUCGCUUUUAAUAUGUUUU